AUGUUGAACCAAACAAACUCGACACAAGUGUUCACCGAAAGGUUGUCAACAUUGAAUCGUUGUUUAAUCUUUGGUUUCUCUCUUGUAUUCUGCAUCGGCGUUCUGGGGAAUUCUUUUAUUAUUUACGUAUUUGGAAAUAAACGUAAUAAAGUUCUUUCAAAGGUUGAAAUCUCAAUACUUUUUCUGGCAGUAGCUGAUUUAAUUGCAUCUACUGGAAAUCCACUAAUGUUUAUAUACUACACAGUUACAAACUAUCAGAGAUGGGAUUUUGGUGAAGUUGGUUGUAAAACUCUGCCUGUUCUUGGGCCUGUAGCCACAUGUUGGUCUCAAGGUAUAAUCCUUAUUAUGGCUAUUGACAGAGAUCGAUCAAUCGUCACCCCGUUAAAAAGUCAAUUCACAAAACGCAAAAUUUGUUGGGCGGUACUUUUCGCAGCAAUUUAUGCGAUAGCGUCUUACUUCGACUAUAUAUGGCAUGUAACAUCUCAUGGUUUGCAUUGUAUGACACCAAAUCCAAACAAUCUUGACAAUGUGAUUCCGCGAGUUUUUUCUCUACUGUUAACGGAUUUGAUUUUCUUGAUUGCUUUCCUGAUAACCGUACCAAGAGUAUUAAUCAUACUCAAAAAGAAGAACUUCGUGUUUAAGGGAAAAGCGAGAAGAGCCCAAAAAAACAAAAGCAAACGAGCUGUUCGUAUAAUUCUAGCGAUGGCUGUUGCCUUUGUUAUAUGUAUUUACCCAAGAGAUUUGCUUCAGGUAUCGUUUCAUAUGACCGAGGUGUUUCCACCGCGUAUCCUUCCUGAUUAUGAGGUAGCCAAUGUUGUAAAUGCAUCUUUGAAACUUCUUCAUGCUGGAAACAGCUGCGUAAACAUUUUCAUCUACUCAAUACUGAAUAAAAAAGUGAGAAGAGAGAUGCGAAAAUUUUUUGGCAUUUUGGAAGCUGCGAAGUGCAAAAAGGAAAAUUUAAAGACAAUUAAAGAAAUGGCACAGGUUGUUCCUGUUAACACAGGAACCGAUACUCGUGUGGAGGAUGGUGGUAUGCGGAACAGGACGGCAUCAAUCGAAACAAUACUAACAGAUAUCUAA